AUGGCGUUAAACAUACAGCGCCAGCUAUUUGCUCGCUCUGAGCGAGUUAAAGGCAUCGAUUUCCACCCGACCGAGCCAUGGAUUCUCACGACGCUUUACAGCGGCCAUGUCUACAUCUGGUCCCACGAGACACAGCAGAUCGUCAAGACAUUCGAGCUCACCGAUGUGCCCGUUCGCGCCGGACGGUUCGUUGCGCGCAAGAACUGGAUUGUCUGUGGAUCAGAUGACUUCCAAAUUCGCGUCUACAAUUACAACACAAGCGAGAAGAUCACGUCCUUCGAGGCCCACCCCGACUAUAUCCGAGCGAUCGCGGUUCACCCGACACAGCCCUUUGUUCUGACUGCCAGUGAUGAUAUGUCAAUCAAGCUCUGGGAUUGGGACAAGGGCUGGAAGAACGUCAGGGUAUUCGAGGGCAAUUCACAUUAUGUCAUGUCCUUGGCAAUCAACCCCAAAGACACCAACACGUUCGCCUCGGCUUGCUUGGAUAGAACAGUAAAAAUCUGGAGCUUGGGGUCUUCCACGCCCAACUUCCAGCUGGAAGCGCACGAGACAAAGGGCGUUAACCAUGUCGAGUACUAUCCCCACAGCGAUAAGCCGUACCUGCUUACGACAUCGGACGACCGGACCGUUAAAAUCUGGGAUUACACCACCAAGAGCUUGAUUGCUACCCUAGAAGGCCACACCAACAACGUGUCGUUUGCUUGCUAUCACCCAGAGCUGCCCAUCAUUAUAUCUGGGUCUGAAGAUGGCACAAUAAGGAUAUGGAACGCAAACACGUACCGCUUCGAGCAGUCCCUAAACUAUGGCUUGGAGCGGGCAUGGUGCGUGGCGUACCAGAAGGGCAAGCAGAGCAUUGCUGUGGGAUUCGACGAUGGCUCGGUGGUAAUCAAGCUUGGCCGCGAAGAACCGGCUGUGUCGAUGGAUGGCUCAGGGAAGGUAAUCUGGGCCCGGCACAAUGAAGUGGUGUCUGCUGUGAUUAAAGGCGGUGACGCAUCUAUCAAAGACAAUGACCCAAUUUCGCUCCCCACAAAAGAGCUCGGGACUGCCGAAGUGUACCCACAGACACUUAUCCACUCCCCCAACGGGCGAUUUGCGGCGAUUUGCGGCGACGGUGAAUACAUCAUCUACACCGCCCUGGCGUGGCGCAACAAGGCGUUCGGCUCGGCCCUCGACUUUGUCUGGGCGGCCAAGGAGAAUUCGAACGAUUUUGCUAUCCGCGAGUCGCCGAACAGCAUCAAGGUGUUUAAGAAUUUCCAAGAAAAGAAGGGCGGCCUUGACGUCCCCUUCUCCGCCGAAGGGCUUACCGGCGGCGUACUUCUCGGUGUCAAGGGCCAAGGGGGCAUCUCCUUCUUCGACUGGCAAACCGGAGGUCUCGUCAGGCGCAUCGAAGUCGAGCCCAAACAAGUCUACUGGAGCGAGAAUGGGGAGCUUGUGGCCUUGGCAUGCGAGGAUACGUACUAUGUGCUCAGGUUCUCUCGAGAGAACUACACCGCUGCUGUCCAAUCCGGCCAGAUCGAGGACGACGGAGUUGAAGCUGCUUUUGACGUUAUCACCGAUAUCAAUGAGAGCAUCCGGUCGGCCGAAUGGCUGGGAGACGUUCUGAUCUACACCAACGGAACCAACCGCCUGAACUACUUGGUCGGCGACCAAACAUACACGGUAGCGCAUUUUGACAAGGCCAUGUACAUUCUGGGCUAUCUCCAACGCGACAGCCGGGUGUACCUUACCGACAAGGACCUCGCCGUUACCUCAUAUGCUCUCUCUCUGCCCGUUCUCGAGUACCAAACUCUCGUCCUCCGCGGGGACAUGGAGACCGCUGCGGAGCUGCUUCCAAGCAUCCCUCAGGACCAGCUCAAUAAGAUUGCCCGUUUCCUCGAAGGGCAAGGCCACAAGGAGUUGGCGCUCGAAGUCGCGACAGACCCGGAGCACAAGUUUGACCUUGCGCUGGCGCUCAACCAGCUUAGCAUUGCGUUGGAACUGGCGCGGCUGUCGGACGUGGAUCACAAGUGGAAGACCUUGGGCGACGCGGGCCUCGCAGCAUGGGACGUCCCUCUCGCUACCGAGUGCUUUGUGAAUGCAAAGGAUCUAGGCUCUCUGCUUCUCGUGUACAGCUCGACAUCGGAUCGAGAGGGGCUUUCUUCCCUUUCCGAGAAGGCCGAGGCUGCUGGAGCACACAAUGUGGCUUUCAGCUGCAAGUGGCUGCUUGGCGACGUGCCAGGCUGCGUCGAGAUCCUGACCAAGACGGGCCGCCUCGCGGAAGCCGCCUUGUUCAGCCAAACAUACAAGCCCAGUCUGACGGCGGGCGUGGUGGCUCAGUGGAAAGCGGGUCUGGAGAAGAGCAAAAAGGGCCGUGUUGCCAAGGCCCUGGGGGUCCCGGUUGAAGAUGAGGAGCUAUUUCCCGAGUGGGAUGAAUGGCUAAAAUUGGAGAACGAGGCCCCCCCUGUCGAGGCGGCUGAUGCUAGCAACUCUAACGGCCAUGCUGCUGAUGGCGAAGAAGCUUCCGAGGAUGCGGCAGCAGAGGAAGAGGAGUAA